AUGGCAUUUUCUCACCGGGAGGAGAUGAAGCAACUCUUCCGCGUCUUGGACAACGACGGCGAGGGCGAGCUGAGUGUCCAGGUGUCCCCAACUUUGCCCCCCACAAUCCUCACAUUUGCCAACGGAGGAGUCUCCAUGACCUACGACAAGGUGAAAGGUUCCGGUGGAGCCUCGGUGGCCCCACGGAUGACGCAGACGCAGAAGAGUCUGGAGGAGUGGUUGACGGAGAUAGAGAAUCUCACAACGGAACGCUUGGACCAGAUUGAGCGGCACUUGCAAAACUUGGAGUCAAAAGCCGAUGGUUUUGAGAAAAAACUGGACAUCAUCGAGUAUCUUCCACCCUUGGCAGUCGAGGGUGAAGCUGCUGGCUCUUGA